GUCUUGGAGGGGCUCUUGGAUACCUGACAGGGGCCAUUGAUUGGGGAACCACCAUUUUGGGAAAAUACUUCAGGUCGGAAUUCCAUGUGAUGUUCUGUUUUGCUGCUGUUGUGUUCCUGCUCUGUCUUGCUGUGCAUUUGUGCAGCUUUCCUGAAAGGCCUCUUGCCCACGUCAGUGCAGAGUCUGAAGCCCUGGUGAAAAACUCUAAGCCUGGUCAAUACGGGGCCAUGGGAAGUGACAAGGAUGAACAUUAUAACAGUGAAUACAAUGAAAUACAGAUUUCACCUCAGCAGCAGAAACUCACCAUAAAAUCAGACAUUCAGGUUCAGAGACAGAUGACCAUUAAGUCUCUCCUAAAAGCCCUUCUAAGCAUGCCAUCUCACUACCGCUGGUUAUGUCUGAGUCAUCUGAUUGGAUGGACAGCUUUCCUUUCCAACAUGCUCUUCUUCACCGAUUUUAUGGGACAGAUUGUGUUUGAUGGUGAUCCUUAUGCCCCUCAUAACUCCACUGCUUAUCUGACCUAUGAAAGGGGCGUAGAGAUCGGAUGUUGGGGACUGUGCAUCAAUGCAAUUUCUUCUUCCGUUUAUUCCUAUAUGCAAAGAGCGCUUCUACCUUACGUAGGAUUAAAAGGACUCUAUUUUGUUGGUUACCUACUCUUUGGACUGGGUACUGGAUUUAUUGGACUCUUUCCCAAGGUUCAUCCUACUUUGGCUCUGUGCUCUCUGUUUGGCGUCAUGUCCAGCACACUGUACACUGUACCAUUCAACCUUGUUGCUAAUUAUCACAAUGAGGAAUUGAGUCAGAACCACAACGAAGCUGCAGACACCAGCCGAGGAAAGGGCAUCGACUGUGCUGCUCUGACCUGUAUGGUUCAGCUGGCCCAAAUCGUUGUUGGGGUGGGCCUGGGUCUCCUGGUCAGCGCUGCUGGCAGUGUGGUGGUGGUGGUGGUCUCUGCCUUGGCUGUUGCCCUGCUGGGCUCUUGCUUUGUAGCCUUGUUUGUUCGGUACAUUGAUGAAAGCAAUAAAUAGUUGAUUUAUGGGAGUGGUUGCUCCUUUUCUUA